AUGUUUGAGGAGCCAAUUGUGACGUUUGAGUCCGGCGAAGGAUUCAGUCUCGUCGGUGCAAACAUUCUUAUUGAUCGUGAAGAGUUUCAAGGAGUCCACAUUGCGGCUAAGAACUUAUCCAAAGACUUUACUAGGGUCACUGGUCAAGGCGGCAAUCCCGUCCUCACUACGGAAGAAGAUCGUGUCAAGUCUAAGAACUGCAUUAUUGUUGGAACCAUCUCAAAUUCAGCGAUAAUCAAGCAACUCGGAUCUGAAGGAAAGAUUGACUUCUCCCAUAUCGAAGGAAAAUGGGAGUCUUGGAUUACCCAAUGCGUUUCAAACCCAGUGGAAGGCUACGACAAUGCCUUGGUAAUCGCCGGCAGUGACAAGAGAGGUGCUAUUUUUGGCAUAUACUCCUUAUCCGAACAGAUCGGCGUGUCACCAUGGUACUGGUGGGCAGAUGUUCCACCCAAAGUUCAUGACGAAAUUUAUGCGCUGCCUGUUUCAACUUCAAAUGGCGAACCAAGCGUCAAGUACCGCGGCAUCUUCAUCAAUGAUGAAGCACCCGGCAUGGAUUCUUGGGUCCAUGAGAAAUUCGGACCUAAGUUUGAUUCCCAUUUCUACCACUUUGUUUUCGAGCUGCUCCUUCGACUUAAGGCGAACUUCAUGUGGCCAGCUAUGUGGAGGGGAUACCCAUAUCCAGGUCGCUCGUUCUUUGUGGAUGAUCCCAAGAAUCAAGAGCUUGCCGAUACCUAUGGAAUAGUCAUGGGUACAUCUCAUCACGAGCCCAUGCAGCGAGCCAUGAAUGAGUGGUCUACCACAGAACCCGAGAAUACAUGGAACUGGGAGACCAAUAAACAAAAGGUCACCGAGUACUUCAGAUUUGGCGCAGAGAGAGCACAACCUUUCGAGUCCUACAUUACUAUGGGCAUGCGAGCUGAAGGAGACAACCCCAUUAGCGGAAGUGACCCUAAGAAGAUACUUACUGAAGUUCUCGAUGUGCAAAGAGGCAUCUUAGGAGACAAUUUCGGAAGUAGAGACGGCGUGAUGCAACUUAUGGCACUUUACAAUGAGGUGCAAAAGUAUUACGAUGAUGGCUUGAAGAUUCCUGAUGAUGUUACCCUUCUGUUCUCCGAUGACAACUUUGGAUCUCUUCGCCGAUUACCCAAUGAAGAAGAGAAAAAGCGUUCUGGCGGCUCCGGAUACUAUUAUCACUUCCAAUACACCGGAUAUCCGCGAUGCUACCGAUGGAUGAACAGCAACACUCUGGGCAAAGCAUGGCAUCAACUACAACUAGCUCAUGCCGAGCGCGCAAAUCGGAUCUGGGUAUUCAACGUAGGCGACCUCAAGCCUUGUGAAGUGCCCAUGAGUUUUGGAUUCGAUCUCGCGUGGAAUGUCAAGUCCAUCAGUGCCGAUUCUUUUCCCCAGUACUACGAAGAGCUAGCUACGCGAGAAUUUGGACAAAAACACGCCAAGGGUAUUGCCAAGGCUUGGUUUGACUUUGAUCGUCUUGUCGCACUUCGUAAGCAAGACCAUAUUGAUGUGAGCACAUUUGUUCUGCUCAAGUACCAUGAAGCGGACAAGGUUGUUGCACGAUGGAAGACUCUUGUCGAACAUGCACAGAGCAUCAACGACAAAAUUGACAAAGAGUACAAGUCCGCGUUCUUCCAGCUUGUUCUUCAUCCCAUCAAGGCAUCUUAUCUGUGCGCUCUAUUGCGAGUAACCCAAUAUAGAAACCAACUCUUUGCCAAGCAGCGUCGAAACACAACAAAUGUACUGUUUCACAGGAGCUUAGACAUACUCAACAAAGACCAUGACCUCAUGAUGGAAUACCACACUAUUAACGGUGGCAAGUGGAACCACAUCAUGCGGCAGCCUCACUACGGAUACGGCCCUACCGGAGGUCAACCCACGAGAAACAUGAUUGAUGGGCUGUGCUACGUCCAAACGAGGGAAGAUUCCAACCCAAGCAUCGGACAUAUGGGUAUUGCCGUGGAGGGCAUUGAGGGUGUCAACCCUGGACAUAUCAAUGAGGACUCGGACCGAACUCAUCCGUCUCGCAAGUGGCUGGAAGCAGGAGUCACUCUUCCUUUUGUCACUCCAUAUGGCCCACAAGACCGGUAUUUCGAAGUAUUCCACAGCGGAACGAAAGAGUUUUCUUGGUAUGCAAAGCCACAACACGCUUGGAUCAAACUCACGCAAUAUGAGGGGUUCCUCAGACCUGAGGACGAUGAUACCAAGGUCAUUGUCACUAUUGACUGGCCCAAAGUGCCUGCCAACUUUGAUGAGAAAGUGUUUAUAGAAAUCAUCGGCUCUCGCGAUGGCUACGAAAAGGUCCACAUGACGGUUCGCCAUAGCCGUGUACCAGACAACUUCACGGGUUUCGUUGAAACCAGUGGCCAUCUCGCCAUUGACGCAGGCAAAUGGGUUACUUCACCGUACCAAGCUCUUCCGGCACUUGGCCGCACCGUCGCAGGGUCUGUAACUCUUCCCAUCGGCACAGACUUUAGCAAUCCUGAUGACAUCCCUUUCUUGCGCUAUCCGAUAUACGUUCUUUCCCAUCGUGAUAAUGCCAACCUCGAGCUUCAGUUUAACAUGACUCUGGAGACCGAUCCUCAGAGCCGCAUGGAGUACGAUAUUCGCUGGGACGGAGGAGAAAUUAAGAGAUAUCGUCUUACGGACGAUGAUCCCGGCAACGACCGUGGGCUACCUCGAAGUUGGAAUGUUGCUGUCAUGGACUGCGUAUGGAGAAAGUCGCACAACAUCGGACGCGCCACCGUUGGCGCUCACACAAUCGAAGUGCGAUUCCGCAAACCCAACAUGAUUUUGGAAAAGAUUGUUCUAGAUCUUGGCGACUUGCGGUACACGUAUCUGGGACCGCCUGAAAGCGAGUACGUGGAGGGGAAUAAGCGCACAGCCACGCAUAUCAGGCACAAUGAUCGCUUGAGCUUGAAUUUGAGAUAUUGA